CAUGCUUUCCUCGAUUCAAAUUUACUCUGGCUCUCCUACUCAGCGAUGCACUCAGCACAUUCUCGAAAGGGCAAUGCUUGCGAGCGCGAUUAAGCAGGCGCAUGCUUGAGAGGGGAGGGGGCCCUGCUGAAACUGCAAUGCUGUCAACGAUUCCUGCCAUCCUUGCGUCUGCAUUGCUACCGCUUCUGACCCUUGAUUGCGUUUCCGGCAGAAACAUCCAUUGGUAUGCGGGACCCUACCUCGGGUUUGUACAUCAAUUUGAAGUAUGUCCAUCAGUCGAGAGAGUAGUCCUUAUUUUCCGUAUCAGCCACUUCAACCCCGUGAGGCCUUUCGACAACCAGAUUCUGUCAGGAAACAUGACGUUCAGAGUUGACGUAAUGGACAAUCACUGGACGUUCGUUGACUUUGCCGUGCGAUCAAACAACCAGUGGAAAGAAAACGCCUUCAUCAUGAAUUUCCCUAAAACGGGGUGCUCCUCGUUGCGCGAAAACGUCCCCGACUUCUUCCGCAUCAUAGCGAAGUACAGCGGAGCGUCCACGGACAAGGCGGUGCCCUGUCGCGUUCCAGCGGGACGCUACAUUUUCUCGAACGAACCAGUGAACUGGACAUUUCCUCACUUCCCCGUCAUGCCAUAUGGGCACUACAGAAUACGGGCGAGGGCACGGCCAUCCAGUACCAGCACCCGGAUCAACUUCUGCAUGAUUCUUGACGUUGAAGCCAUACCAAAACCAGGAGGAUAAACUUUUGCAAGAUACUCCACGUUGAAGCUAUCCCAGGACCAGGAGGGUGAACUUCUACAUGAUACUCCACGGUGAAGCCGCACCGAGACCGUAGGGGUCAUCUGAUGUGCAGACUUCAACGGACAUCUUUCAGCAUAUUGAAGAAUGUAAGGUUUGCAACUUGCAGAGAACCUUAACAGAACAUUUAACCAACAUUGCUUAACAUAAGACAAUGUUCAUUAGAGGUUAAGGGUAUGGAUUGUUGCAAGUACUGUACUCCAAAAUAAAAAUUCGAGAAGCU